GCUUCGGUGUCACUGUAACGUCACUAGUUCUCAUGUUGCACUUCACCAGAAGUAAAAAUUGUACGGAACUGUAUAACUCAAAACACUUCGCUAUGGAGACGGUCGCAUUAGUAAUUCUUUUAUUAUUCAAGGGUGUGGUGACAGAUGAGUCAGUGUCAGUGUAUGAGAGAGAUUCUGUUACUCUACACACUGAUAUUAAACUACAGAGAGACGAUACGAUCGAAUGGAGGUUUGGAGAUGAACAGAAUCUCAUAGCAAGAAUCAACAGGGCCGCCAAUUUACUCACAAUAUAUGAUGAUGUUCUUGAUGGGAGAUUCAGAGACAAACUGAAGAUGAACACUGAGACUGGAGAUCUCACCAUCACAGACAUCAAAACUCAACACACUGGACUUUAUCAACUAGAGAUCAGCAGAGAGACUAUCAUGAUAAAGAGAUUCAGUGUCUAUGUGUCUGGUGAUAAAGUGAAGACAGUGAUGAAGGGAGAUUCAUUCAUUCUACACAAUAAUGUUACCAAGAAUCCAGGAGAUGAGAAGAUGAUGUGGAGGAUUCAACACAACAACUCUCCUGUAGCUGAAAUAAUCAGAAAUGGAAAGGAGACAAAUGAUAAAGUUCAUGAUGAGAGAUUCAGAGACAGACUGCAGUUAGGGAUUAACUUUAAACUUGCAUCUGAGGAGAUUUAA